CUUGCUCUGGUGCGACAGUGGUUAUCAAUAAUGGAAGGUUAUCGGCAGAGUUCCGUCUCUAUAAAAGAUUGAAACAUUAACUAGGGAAAUCAAUCAAGAUCGCUGUGUGAUCCUGUCUACUCAUUACUUCUCCGUUCUCGACCAUGGAAAUUAAACUGGUUGUGAAGGCGAUUGCGGUAGUUAUUGUCGCUUGUUUCUAUUCGACGGGGCAUCGCUGUGUUGAGGGUCAGGUCGAAAGGUCUUAUAUUCGAUCUAACCUGACGCUUAGAAUUGUCGUCCGAUAUCCCGAAUCAGAGUUGAUAAAUCGCUCGCUGUCUACCGAUUUAUACAUAAUUGGCAAUGGACUGGGAUUAGCAUGGGACGAUCUAAAACUAUUGGAGAGACCAGGGUCUAUUGACACUUGGUCGAUCGACUUGAAAUUCUCUGGAUUUCUCGACGGAUAUGCCUGCGCAGAAUGCAUCCACAACAACACCCUACCAGUCAACGGUCGACUUGAGUAUCGGAUCCUGACGAGUAACAGGACCGACAUGGUUGGACCUAAUCACGGAACAGCCGUUCACAUUUCAAAGCUCGAAGCCAACUUCCCGAUCCGGGAACAUAUCUCAUAUCCAUAUUUCUUCAGCAGACAGGGAUCCGUACGUGCUACCUCGGUCAAAUCUUUAAUCAGCGCGGUAAUCGACAAUCGAAUCUGGGGAUACUACUUGCCCCCGAGUUACAGUGAAAAUUCGUACAAGACUUACAAGACGUUCCUUGUACCCGACCUGAGUCCGGUUUACAUGGAACUGUAUCGUUUUUCGUUUGAUGAAAUUUUUGCUGAGAAAGCCGUUGCGGAGGAAGUAGUUUUGAUCGGUUCCAAUGACUACUCUUUGCCAAAUGUAUCUGAUGGCCGAGUGGCAUUUUUAACACCUACGCCAGGCAUUCAGUAUUACUGUUAUAACGGUGAUUGGUCUGACAAUUGUGCUGGUUGCAUUCCGCCGAACGUGUCCGGUAGAGAAUACAUGGAGUAUUUUCGAGAUGGCUGUGGUUAUCCAGUCGAAAUUGGCGGGCUAGGAGAUGACUACGUCAACUACAUGGUAAACGAAGUUUUACCUGCCAUUCAACUGUUAACCAAUGAUCGACUUCGCAUCUUUCGCGAUGACUUGGGUAUUGGCGGAUGCUCUUUGGGUGGACUGUUAGCUUGUCACGCUAUUUGGACACGGCCCAAUACAUUUGGAAUGGGAUGGUGUAAGAGCUCGUCGUUUUGGUGGCCAACUGAAAUCAACGUUGACAACGGGUUCUAUUUUUUGAACCAUACAAUCAAAGAGACGAACCUAGGAUCGAGGGCUCCUCAACGGAUCUACAUGGACGUUGGAGAAUUGGAAGAAGACCCGUACUACGCACAAGUCAGUGCCGCCCUUUCAGUCGCCGAUACCAUGAUGGCUAAUUCACCACAGUUCCGCAUGGACGAGACACUCUGGUUCACUCUAGCCAGUGGUCAGGCUCAUAGCAGCAAUAAUUGCAUGAGUCGAACAUGGAAUUCCUUGAGCCUUCUCAGUCCACCUGCCGGAGCUGCUCGAAGUCCAGACUUCCCAAUUCAAAUAUUGUGACGUUCUGAUGAUUGGUGAAGUUAUUGAUGUUCAUUCCUUUUACUUUAGGAGUGUUUUCUUUUCCCGUUACCAUGAACAAUAAAGGCAUUAACACUGUUA